UUGUUUAACUUUUCAGUGCCUGUCUCUGUCGCUAUUUCGAUGACUGUUUGAAAACAGCCUCAAGGUAACACGUAAAAAUGCAACAGUGGUGCUUGCUGCCUGGCUAGUUAUCUUGCUGGAUAUUUAAACGCAAGCGCCAAACGGGUGAGGGCGGGCCGUGGGUGAGCAAUGGGCGAGAUUGAGGGCUCCUACCGGGUCCUGCAGACCCCUGGGACCCGCCUGGGCGCCCAGUUCAACGCCGGGAUCAGCACACUGGAGCCGGGCCUGAGCCCCAACGCCACCGGGGUCAAAGGUCAGGACAAGGGCCUGCAGGUCCGAGUGCAAGGGCUGGAUGACUCUCAGGACGUAUACGACUUGGAGUCCAAGGCAGAUGGUCAGGCUCUCUUGACCGAGGUUUUCCUGAGGUUCAAUCUCAUUGAGAGCGACUACUUUGGCCUGGAGUUUCAGAACACGCAGGCAAACUGGAUGUGGCUGGAGCCCGCGAAGCUCAUAGUGAAACAAGUCAGGAGGCCCAGGAACGCUCUCUUCAGGCUGUCGGUGAAGUUCUUUCCCCCGGACCCUGGCCAGCUGCAGGAGGAGUACACGAGGUACCUGUUUGCCCUGCAGAUAAAGAGAAACCUCACGGAGGGUCGGCUGGCCUGCACUGAGAACACUGCUGCACUGCUGGCCUCUCACCUGGUGCAGUCGGAGAUCGGCGACUACGACGAGAUGGCAGACCGCGAGUUCCUGAAGGCCAACAAGCUGCUGCCCAAUCAGGAGAAGGUUCAGGAGAAGAUCAUGGAGCUCCACCGCCGCCACCUGGGCCAGACUCCGGCGGAGUCGGACUUCCAGGUCCUGGAGAUCGCUCGCAAGCUGGAGAUGUACGGGGUCCGCUUCCACCCCGCCGCCGACCGCGAGGGAACCAAGAUCAACCUGACUGUGGCUCACCUGGGCCUGCAGGUCUUCCAGGGCAACACAAAGAUAAACACCUUCAACUGGUCCAAGAUUCGCAAGCUGAGCUUCAAGAGGAAGAGGUUUCUGGUCAAGCUCCACCCUGAGGUUCAUGGCCCCCACCAGGACACGCUGGAGUUCCUGAUGGCCAGCCGGGACCAGUGCAAGGUCUUUUGGAAGAACUGCGUGGAGCACCACACCUUCUUCCGCCUGAUGGACCAGCCCAAGCCCAAGGCCAAAGCCAUCCUCUUCAGCAGAGGCUCCUCCUUCAGAUACAGUGGGAGGACGCAGAAGCAGCUGGUGGAGUACGUGAGGGACAGCGGAAUUCGGAGGACCCCCUACCAGAGGAGGAACAGCAAAAUGCACACGUCCUCUCGCUCCCUGUCCUCCGACGUGCCAAAGCAGAGCCUGUCCUUCAACGACAGCCUGAGGGCCCCGCCCUCCUCAGCCACGGUGUCCUUCCACUCCCUGCACGCCGUCGGCUCACCCCCACGAACGGAGCCCCAGGCCCCGCCCCACCCGCAGCAGACGGCUCCGCCCCCGAGCCCCCCAAAGGAGGACCCGGUCAAGACGCCACCCCCACCUCUGUACACCUUUCAAGGGCCGCCCGUGGACAGCCCCCAGCUCUCGCCCUACGCGGUGACCAGCCCCCUCUGCCUCUCGCCCUCCUUCCAGAUGUCCACCCUCAGCCUCCCGGGCCAGGCCCCCUCGCCCCUGCAGAGCCCCAUCCUGAGCGAGGCGGGCGGGGUCCGGCUGGACGAGGAGGAAGAUGGCAGGAGGAAGCGCUAUCCAACUGACAAGGCCUACUUCAUAGCCAAAGAGAUCCUGACCACAGAGAGGACUUAUGUGAAGGACCUGGAGGUUAUUACAGUGUGGUUCCGCAGCGCCGUCAUCAAAGAGAACGCCAUGCCGGAAGGCCUGAUGACCCUGCUCUUCUCCAACAUUGACCCCGUCUACGAGUUCCACCGGGGCUUCCUCAAGGAGAUCGACCAGAGGCUGGCUCUCUGGGAGGGGCGCUCCAACGCCCACGUCAAGGGGGAUUACCAGAGGAUUGGGGACGUGAUGCUGAGGAACAUGUGCGCUCUGAAGGAGUUCACCAGCUACCUGCAGAAGCAUAACGAGGUGCUGACGGAGCUGGAGAAGUCCACCAAGCGGCUGAAGAAGCUGGAGACGGUGUACAAGGAGUUUGAGCUGCAGAAGGUGUGCUACCUGCCCCUCAACACCUUCCUGCUCAAGCCCAUCCAGCGCCUCAUGCACUACAAGCUCAUCCUGGAGCGGCUGUGCAAGCACUACAGCCCCGAGCACCGCGACCGCCUCGACUGCACGGAGGCCCUGAAGGAGGUGGCGGAGAUGGCCGCCCAGUUGCAGAGCAGCCUGAUCCGGCUGGAGAACUUCCAGAAGCUCACCGAGCUGCAGAGGGAUCUGAUCGGCAUCGAGAACCUCACGGCCCCGGGCAGGGAGUUUAUCCGGGAGGGCUGUCUGUACAAGCUCACUAAGAAAGGACUUCAGCAGAGGAUGUUCUUCUUGUUCUCGGACAUGCUCCUGUACACCAGCAAGGGCGUGACGGCCACGAACCAGUUCAAAGUGCACGGCCAGCUGCCGCUGCACGGCAUGCUCAUUGAGGAGAGUGAGAACGAGUGGUCCGUGCCCCACUGCUUCACCAUCUACUCUGCACAGAGAACCAUUGUGGUGGCUGCCAGUUCCAAAGUGGAGAUGGGGAAGUGGAUGGAGGAUUUGAACAUGGCCAUCGACAUGGCCAAGAAGUCCCAGGAGAAAUCCGAGCUCUUCCUGGACCCCGACCUGUGCGACCGUUCCAACAGGUCGUCAGAUGAGGUCUCCCUGGAGCAGGAGUCGGAGGACGACACGCACUCUUCCCGCAGCUCCCUGGACAAACAGACGCACCACCGCGCCAACACCACCAUGCACGUGUGCUGGCACCGCAACACCAGCGUGUCAAUGUCCGACCACAGCCUGGCCGUGGAGAACCAACUCUCUGGGUACCUCCUGAGGAAGUUCAAGAACAGCAAUGGGUGGCAGAAGCUGUGGGUCGUCUUCACCAACUUCUGCCUUUUCUUCUACAAGACCCACCAGGAUGACUUCCCAUUGGCCAGUUUGCCGUUGCUAGGCUACACAGUCGGCACACCGGGGGAGUCAGACAGCAUCCACAAAGAGUACGUCUUCAAGUUGCAGUUCAAGUCCCACGUGUAUUACUUCCGGGCCGAGAGCGAGUACACCUUCGAGAGGUGGAUGGAGGUGAUCAAGAGCGCAGCCAGUGCCACGGGCAGGAUGAGUCUCCUUGUCCCCAAGGAACCCCCGGAAAUGAACGGCAACUGACCGCCUUCGCUGGGCGGAGCUCUCGGGGCUGGGGGCGGGGCCUCGCAGACUCCCGGGAGCGCAUGAGCAUCUUUAUUUUUAAAAAUAUCUCUUUAUCGCUAUUUGUAUUCCUCUGAGGAACUCCCCCCCCCUCUCCUGUACACACAGGUUGGGGGGAGGGGGAGGGGGUGGGGCUUUGCGAACCAGACAAAACCAGCGGGGGUGUGUCUCCAGAAAGCAGGGACCUCCCUGCCUUUUCCCUCAACAGGCCACACGCGCUCUGCACUGGGGCCUCUCCGCAGUGGCUGUGGAACGCCACGGCACAGGCCCGGGCCUUCGGAACCGCCCUCAAGUCAUCCUCACAACAGAGAUGUGCAGGGCUGAUCCGAGAACCGCUUCAGCCGAGGAUAGAACCACCGCCCGGUGCCGUAAAGGAAGCAUGCCACUCCUCCAUGGCGUAACUUGGUGGGAUGGCAUACCUGCCAUCCCAAUCCACGCAGAAACAGCCCGAAGUGCAGUUUGAGGUGGUUUCUUGAAGGACUUGACGAAAUGAAACGAUUGCAAGUAUUGCAAAGGUACGAUAAUAAAAUGGUGUGUGCUGCCAAACAACCUUGAGUUUCAGUAGGUAAGGUCUCCCCUGAUUUGUUCUAUUGUGUUACAAGCUGAACCUGAAUGCUAGCUUGGAUCUAGAUUGAGGUAAUACUGUAUGUUAUUGCAGGAGUCCCUUAUUACUAAGCAGGAUAUACAUAUGUACACACACACAUAUAUAUAUGUAAUAGUCUCUCGUGUAUGUGUAUGCCACUCAAGCCAGACAAGCAGGAGAUAAGUGUGUAUUAGUGUCAGUGUAUCUCCCCUCCCACUGAAAUGGGUCUUUAAACCACAUACUGAACCGCUCAACAUGUCAGUAUUGCUGAGGGACACAGAAAGGAACCAACUCUAAGGUCCUUUUUUGGCGCGUAAGUGGUCACAAAUAAAAUGCAGGGAGACAGAGGAAUAUCUGCACCCGAAGAUGGUGGAAUGACAUGAAUCCAGCACAGAGGCCCACGAGCUUGACGUGAUGACUAAUGAUGAGGGAAUAUAGGGAAAGCAAGCAAUGAUGAAGGCAACAGGAAGUGGAAGCAGGUUAUGCUAGGGUUUUUUUUUAAUGGGGGGGAAUUGACAGGAAGAGGUUUUCUGGGGCACAGUAGGGGGCACUUAACUUAAGUUCUGUCAUACUGGAAGGGCCUAGCAGGGAGGAGCAUUAGCAUGGAUUAUCUCGUGUUUCGUUAAGUAUGAGGAGUCCAGAUGGAUAAUGGGGUUACACUAGUUAUGAAGGUGCAGUUCACCAUAUAGGACUGUAGAUUGGAGAGUUGUGCAACUUGAAGGAGGCAGUGUGUUUCAACCCUGCGUCCUCUGUGGGUUUGAGAUUUUACACCGAUGGGCUUGUUUGGAUCAUGAGUCUUGACAUCAGAUUUUAUUUGUGACCGUGUAAACCAUUUUUUGGGCAUUGCAACAUUUUUCUUGUAUUCCAGUGCCUCCCAUAAUUCACAAAUUAAAAUGUAUGAAAUUGUGAUUCAGUGGCAUAUUAGGAAAAUGUAAAGACUCAUUGUGGGGGGAAAACUUUCAAAAGUAUAUUGUUUUUUUUUUUUUUUUUUUUUUUAAACAAAGUUUGUAUUUUUUUUUUUUAACCAUUUGAAAUAAUUUGGAUUAGUAGCAAUUGUGAGAUUUCUGUGAAAGAAAAGGGAUUCAGUAUUUAUGUGGUCAAUCACACAAGCUUUCAAAGUUAAGCUGCUUUGUUCAGUUUGACUCAUUAGCUUGCAAGCUGUGAGGCAUUUACUGGAAAAAGGAAACGGUCUUCUCACCCAAAGGCAUUCUGGGAUUUCCAUGACUGGCCAAGGUAAAACUUUUUUUUUUUUAAUGGUCAGAAUUUCUAAACCUUUUUUAAUUUACGUCAAUGUUUGGCUGUUCACAAUGUCUUCGGUUUUGUACUCAUUCUGUAGUUAGUUUCCAGACUGUUGCCACAAUUUUUGUCGAGUGCAGAUUUGGCUUGGCCAUGUACUGUCAUGCAUUUCAGGGUUAUAUUUCAGUGAAACCACACUAAUAAGGAAGAAUUGUCUUGGCGUGAACGUUAUAUUUUCUCACCUGUUCCCGUUCGUGCCCUAGAGAUGCACUCUCGGGGGGGUUAAGUAACUGGAUGUUUUCCUACAUGUAAAAUUCUUCUGAUCUGGGGUGUUGGCCAUUAUGAUACUCACAAUAGGCAUGUGGAAGUCAGAUUUAGUUGACUUUGGCCAGUCCGUUCUGGCGGGAGGCUCUGUUUGGGCCUGGCUAGAGUAUAGCUCCUUGACGUCACCAUAGCAGUGUUGAGUGUCCUGAAGCAGGGGGGCCUCUCAAGUGUCAGCUGCGUCUUACUUCAUACCGACAGUCCUCAUUCUGUGUAGCCACAAUUUAUUAUUUUUAAAAAUGUAAACUGAGAACGGGUGGGGAGGUGUAUAUAACUUAAGUUUUGGACCUGGGCUUUCACAUGACUGCUGUGGGAAUUUCUUACAAAGAGACAUGGGUUAUAAACUGGAGUCCAUACUCUGCUAAUUUUGUCAUAACUUUUUUUUUUUUUUUUCUGGCUUUAGAAGAUAUGGUUGCCUGUGUCUAAUUUCAAGUGCAGUCCUGGAUGCUUGGAGGACACCUGUGUGUUGUGUCUAUGUGAGAGAGACCUGCCAGACCCCUCUUUAAACUUGGUGAUCUUGGUCCUGUUUUAAGUUUGGGGGAUACUCACAGUACACAGUACUUGCAGUAUAAGGACUGGAAUUCUCUCUCUCUGUGGCUGGGCAAGGCCAAGCCUCAUGCUGUAACCCCAUUCACCCCCCCUCCUCCACCUUCCCACCCCCCCCCAACUGUUCUUUUCUCCCUUUCAGGGGGACCUUCCUUUCUGUUCACUCCGUUCUGUAAUGUUUUUCUCUAUUUAUUGUGUAGCAUGUUGCCGGAGUCCUGCUCCCGUUAACUCUGCAUGUAGUUUUGUUUUCCAUGUUACGACUGAAAAGAUAACAAAUAAAAAAUGAAAAAAAUGAAA